CCCCCCUCCCGCGGCAUGUCCCGCGGCCGGGCUCCCCUCAGCGACCGGCCCCUGUAGCGCCUCCAGCCGCGGGCGAAGCAGGGCCGAGGGGCGCCAGGCGGUGCCGUCGCCCAGCCGCGCCGGGCGCUGCGCGGCCAUGGGGGGCUCCUGAGGCGGCCGGGGAGAGCGGCGGGGAAGCGGAACGCCUCGCCCCGUGGCCGCCACCAUGGAGGCGCCGCCGCCGCCCGGCGCCCCGAGCGCCGCGGAGCCCGCCGGCUGCCCCAAGGACACCGACCGCCAACUGCGGCUCCGCCUCUGCGUCCUCAACGAGAUCCUCAGCACCGAGCGGGACUAUGUGGGGACCCUCCGCUUCCUGCAGUCGGCAUUUCUUCACCGGAUCCGCCAGAAUGCUGUGGACAAAGCUGAGAAGUAUAUAACAGAGGAGAAUGUUAAGAUCUUAUUUUCUAACAUCGAAGACAUUCUUGGUGUUCACAAGGAGUUCCUGGCUGCCCUGGAAUUUUGUUUACAACCAGAACCUCAGUCUCAGCAUGAACUGGGAAAUGUUUUCUUAAAAUUUAAAGACAAAUUCUUUGUGUAUGAAGAGUACUGUAGCAACCACGAGAAAGCACUCAGACUGCUGAUGGAAUUGAACAAGAUCCCAACAGUGAGAGCAUUCCUUCUGGGUUGCAUGCUUUUGGGAGGCAGAAAAACGACAGACAUUCCACUAGAGGGUUAUCUGCUGACUCCAAUUCAGAGAAUUUGCAAAUAUCCACUUCUGCUUAAGGAAUUAGCUAAGAGGACCCCCUCUAAGCAUCCUGAUCACCCAGCUGUCCAGAACGCAUUGCAGGCAAUGAAGACAGUCUGCACAAAUAUCAACGAGACCAAGAGGCAGAUGGAGAAACUGGAAGCCCUUGAACAGUUGCAGUCCCACAUUGAAGGAUGGGAGGGGUCAAAUCUGACAGAUAUCUGCACACAGCUCUUGCUCCAAGGGACUUUGUUAAAAAUCUCAGCAGGAAAUAUCCAGGAGAGAAUGUUCUUUCUAUUUGAUAAUCUACUUGUCUAUUGCAAGAGGAAAUCCAGUCUAAAUCUUAAUGGCAGAGUUACUGGGAAAAAAACAUCUAAACGGACAAAGUCAAUCAACGGGUCCCUGUAUAUCUUCAGGGGCCGAAUAAAUACAGAAGUCAUGGAGGUGGAGAAUGUGGAAGAUGGAACAGCAGAUUACCACAGCAAUGGCUACCCUGUGACAAAUGGCUGGAAGAUACACAACACAGCCAAAAACAAAUGGUUUGUCUGUAUGGCCAAGACUGCAGAGGACAAGCAGAAAUGGCUGGACGCUAUAAUCAAGGAAAGGGAGCAGAGGGAGAGUUUGAAACUGGGAAUGGAGAGGGAUGCGUAUGUCAUGAUUGCAGAGAAAGGAGAGAAGCUGUACCAAAUGAUGAUGAGCAAGAAAGUGAACCUUAUCAAAGACAGGAGGAGAAAAUUAAGUACUGUUCCCAAAUGCUUUCUUGGCAAUGAGUUUGUAUCAUGGCUCACAGAGAUUGGAGAGAUAAGCAAACCAGAGGAAGGGGUCAACCUGGGACAGGCACUAUUGGAAAAUGGAAUUAUUCAUCAUGUUUCAGAUAAGCACCAGUUUAAGAAUGAGCAGGUGAUGUACAGAUUUCGCUAUGAUGAUGGAACGUACAAGCCAAGAAGUGAAUUGGAAGACAUCAUGUCCAAGGGUGUGAGGCUCUACUGCCGACUACACUGCCUGUAUACUCCAGUGGUAAAAGACCGUGACUACCACCUAAAGACCUACAAAUCAGUCAUCCCUGCAAAUAAACUAGUGGAUUGGCUUAUUGCACAGGGAGACUGUCAGACUCGGGAGGAAGGUGUCGCACUGGGUGUUGGACUCUGCAAUAACGGCUUCAUGCAUCAUGUCCUGGAGAAAAGUGAAUUUAAGGAUGAAUCCUUGUAUUUCCGCUUUUAUGCUGAUGAGGAGAUGGAAGGCACCAGUUCCAAGAGCAAACAAUUACGUAAUGAUUUCAAGCUCGUGGAGAACAUCCUGGGAAAGAGUCUUCUGAUUUUACCAGAAGAGGAUGACUAUGGAUUUGACAUGGAAGAAAAGAACAAAGCAAUCGUGGUCAAGUCAGUUCGACGAGGGUCUUCUGCAGAGAUGGCUGGCCUGCAGACAGGAAGAAAAAUCUAUUCCAUCAAUGAGGACUUAAUAUUUCUACGCCCAUUUUCGGAAGUGGAAACCAUCUUAAACCAGUCCUUCUGCUCACGAAGGCCACUUAGGCUUCUGGUAGCCACCAAAUCAAAAGAGAUUAUUAAAAUCCCAGAUUGUCCUGAAGCACUUUGCUUCCAGAUACGGGGAGCAGCACCACCAUAUGUUCAUGCAGUAGGAAGAGGUUCUGAGGCUGCAGCUGUAGGCCUUCAUCCAGGGCAGUGUAUUUUGAAAGUUAAUGGGAAUAAUGCAACACAUGGAAAUUAUAUGGAAGUUCUGGAGCACUUUACAGCCUACAGGACUAGACAGCAGGAAGCACUGGGAUUGUACCAGUGGGUGUACAGAACACAUGAAGAUGCUGAGGAGGACAGAGUUCAGCAAGCAGCAUCCACUGCAUAUCUGAAUGGCAGUCAUUCUGGCAAAGAAGACUCUUCACUGGAAGGAGGUGCAGAACUGGAUCCCUUUCAAAAUAGCCAACAGGAAUCAGCCCAGACACCACAGGCCAUCAGCUCUCCACUGAUCAUUGGUGAAGAAACACCUCUAAUUAGCCUGACUGUGGAUAACACCCACCUGGAGCAUGGAGUGGUAUACGAAUAUGUCAGCAGCGCAGGAAUCAAAUCCUUAGUCCUGGAGAAAAUUGUGGAACCAAAAGGUUGCUUCAGUCUCACUGCAAAGAUUUUAGAGGCCUUUGCUGCAGAGGACUAUCACUUUGUAAGGAAUUGCAAAAGACUUAUAUCCCUAAGCAGUGCUGUGGCCACCAUGCCCCAGUAUGAAUUCCGGCAAAUCUGUGACACUAAGUUGGAAAGCAUUAGCAGAAGGCUUACGAACUACCAAGAGUUUGCAGAUGAGUUGAAAACAAAGGUGAGCCCAGCCUUCAAACAAGCCAUCAUGGAACCACAUUCCGUCAACAGCAUGGAUUUCUGCCCCACCAACUGCCAUGUUAACCUCAUGGAGGUAUCAUACCCCAAAAAUACUACCUCAGCAGGGAGGUCGUUCAGCAUCCGCAUUGGACGGAAACCCUCUAUCAUUGGUCUUGAUCCAGAGCAAGGUACCUUAAAUCCAGUCUCAUACACUCAACAUUGCAUCACCACUAUGGCUGCACCAUCCUGGAGAUGUCUGACCCCAGAAGAUGGAGACCUUAAUGGUAGCUUUGGCCAGCAGAAUGGAGGAACAAUUCAGGAAGAAAGGGGACUCAGUUUUCUGCUGAAACAGGAAGAUCGGGAGAUACAGGACUCAUAUUUGCACCUUUUUAACAAACUUGACAUUGCAGUGAAGGAAAUGAAGCAAUAUGUCAUUCAGAUAAAUAAACUUCUGUCCACCAUAACAGAACCUACAGAAGGUGGUGCCUGUGAGCCACCAUCUACUGAGGAGACAUCUCCACCUUCCCUGGGAACAGAAGAGAGUGAUCCUGACAAAGCCGAGCAUGGUGGAAUCAAGAAGGUCUGUUUCAAAGUUUCUGAGGAGGACCAGGAAGACUCUGGACAUGACACAAUGAGUUUCAGAGACUCCUACAGUGAGUGUAACAGUAACCGGGACUCGGUGUUGUCGUACACCAGUGUACGGAGUAAUAGCUCUUACUUGGGCAGCGAUGAGAUGGGAUCAGGAGAUGAGCUUCCCAAUGAUAUGAGGAUUCCUUUAGACAAGCAAGACAAACUUCAUGGCUGUCUGGAACAUCUUUUUAACCAGGUUGACGCAAUCAAUGCACUUCUAAAAGGACCAGUAAUAACUAAGGCCUUUGAAGAAACCAAGCACUUUCCAAUGGACCACAGCUUGCAAGAAUUUAAACAGAAAGAAGAAACCACAGUUAGGUGCCGGAAUAAUAUUCAAGCCAGCAUUCAAGAAGAUCCAUGGAACCUUCCACUGCGCAUCAAGAACCUUGUUGAAAUCAUACAAAAACAUGUGGAAGAUGGGAAGAAUCAGCUGCUUUUGGCCUUGUUAAAAUGCACAGAUACUGAGCUACAGCUGAGACGUGAUUCCAUCUUCUGUCAGUCUCUUGUGGCUGCUAUUUGCACCUUUUCAGAGCAGUUACUGGCUGCUCUCAACUAUCGAUACAACAACAACGGGGAAUACGAAGAGAGCAGCAGAGACGCCAGCAGAAAGUGGCUGGAGCAGAUAGCAGCCACUGGUGUUUUACUAAACUACCAGUCUCUUCUCUCCCCCGCUGUGAAGGAGGAGCGUACCAUGCUGGAAGAUAUCCAGGUCACUCUGACUGAACUGGACAAAGUUGCUGUCUAUUUCAAGCAGCUGGAUGAAAGUCUCGUAGCAAAUGCUCAUGUUUUCUACCACAUUGAAGGAAGUCGUCAGGCCUUGAAGGUUAUCUUUUAUCUUGACAGCUACUACUUCUCCAAGCUGCCUUCUCGGUUUCAGAAUGGGGGAAGCUUGAAACUGCACACAGUGCUCUUUUCAAAAGCUCUGGAGAGUAUGGAGGGGCAAUCACAACCAGGUGGCUCAUCUCUAGAAGAACUUCCACAGCAAAUGAACAGUAUUUCACUUGAAAAAGUGCAGCAAUACUACCGUAAACUCAGGACAUUUUACCUAGAGAGAUCAAACUUGCCCACUGAUUCCAAUACUACUGCAGUGAAGAUUGACCAGCUUAUUCGCCCCAUUAAUGCAAUGGAUGAGCUUUGCAGGCUGAUGAAGUCUUUCAUUAAUGCAAAACCAGCCCAGGCAGGAUAUUCUAGCAGUAACACAUCAGGAGCUGGCCUGCUGCCCAUAUCCUCUGAGCUCUGUUAUCGACUUGGAGCCUGUCAGAUUACUAUGUGCGGCACUGGGAUGCAGAGAAGUACACUGAGUGUGUCUCUGGAGCAAGCAGCCAUACUGGCUCGAAGUCAUGGGCUUUUGCCCAAGUGUAUCAUGCAAGCUACAGACAUCAUGCGAAAGCAAGGACCAAGGGUUGAAAUCUCUGCCAAGAAUCUGAAAGUGAUGGACCAAAUGCCACAGUGUGCACCUCGGCUCUAUAGGUUGUGCCAGCCACCUACAGAUGGGGAUUUAUAAAAGUGAGAGAGGCACCUACAUUGCAGCAUCGUUAAAGCAUUCAACUAUGAGCAGCUCUGAGGACCCAUCCUAACUGACACUGAUGGCGCUGAAUCAAGAGAGGAAGAGACAUUGCUCUGGUUUAGUAGGAGAUGAACCUGCUGGACCCAGGCACCAAGAAUCUGCCUCUGAACUCCUGCAGCACGUGCAGGGAUCCUUGUAUUUCUUUGAAUUCUUGAAGAAAUUCUCACAACGAACACCACAGAGCUAAGAUGGGUGUUACUGCCAUUUGCUAGAUAUCUGGAAAAGUGACAAUAUUUCAAGAAAGGGCAGUUUUACCAAUGACUUGUCUGUGCUGCCACCUAAAAGUUGUGGAAUUCAAGAUACAGAUUGGUUAAGAAAACCUAGAAUGAUGCAUCUCUCUCUCCCUGUACUGCAUCUGGCAUCCAUUUAAUUGCCAGCAUAAUUUUGGUCAGUGUCCUUGAGCAGUAGCUUCAUAAACACCACUAUUUCAUGAACUGACCUGCACUUUUGAACAACAAAUAGCACAAUCUAUGGUUUAUUCAAAUAUAAACAUGAAGAACUUCUUCUGGAGUAAAUUUCCACUUCAGCCCAGUGAGAACCAAUCUCUCUAUGCUGCAGAGUAUACAUUCCAUAAUACUUCUUAACAUGACUUCGUUUUACCUACUGUAGCUUUCGGGUUUUUGAUUAACUCUUUUUAUUAAUGCUCUAUUAUGUACUCUGGAUAUACAGUACUAUUUAAGAGAUUGGGAUUGAAGGAUUUUAAAGGAAACUUUACAAAGGAAAAAUACAGUCUUAUAAUCUGAUUGUUUGAACAGAUGUAGUUUUUAAAACAGGUCAGAAGAACUAUAGUUAUUUAUGUGGAGUGGAAUAUGUGUUUUCAAUCACGCUAUUAUAUAUUCAAGAUUUAAAUAAAAAUUAUAUUGUUUAAAAUGGGACCAAUAUGCUGGCAAUUACACAGCUACUCCCAGUUUACUGAAAAAAAUCUGCAUUAUUUAAAAUCUUUCAAUAUUUAAGUAGUCUUUAAUACAGUUAUUAAGAUAUAUUAGGGAUGCUUUUAAGUUAAAAGAGAAGAGGAAUCAGGUAUAUAAUGUACUUUAUUUUUUCUUGUUUGAAAUAUUGUCCUCCAUUCUGUCAGUAUUAUUCUAAGCACAGUAAUUUUUUCCCAAAUUACUGGUUGAAACUAACUGAAACAUGUCGGCAGUCUCAGGACAGAAAUAAUAUUCUUUUGGAGUGAGUGCCUUAACAUGACGACCUAAUCACUAACGAAUUUCAGUUGUAGCAGGUGUCAGUAGAAGGAUGUAUAGGAAACUUACCAUUCCUCUGUUUCUCCACAGUCUUGUUUAAAACAGUUCACAGUUAGGAGAUCCAGAAGUGCUUUGCAGUGAUGUAUAUUCCAGGAAAUAAAGGUUUGGGUUUUUUAUUUGUGAGGUUGUUCAUUUUUUACCUGGCUUAAUUUUAUUUUACUAACACCCGAACCAACUCAAAAACUGAAAUUAGACUUUUUCCAUUUGGAUAUGAUGGUCUCGUAAAUUCAACACUUCAACACAAACUGGCUUAUGACAAAUUUGAGGAUGCAGAUUGUUCUGAACCUUGUCUCUUAAUUUUUUUUUUCUUCACUCACAGACUGAAAUAAUUUUGGGGAAGGAACGUGUGUUUUUUAAUCUCUUACUUUUAACUGUUUCCUCCGACCUACAGCAACCUGUUGCAGGGAACCCAGACAAUCCAUCAUCUGCCAGCUGUCAGGUACAGGAGUUUGUUACUGAGGAUCCAUUUUGUAUUGCAGCCAGAGGAGCAGAUCUUUUUUUUUUAAUGCACUUCUUUUUAAUUUUAGAAGAGCUAUUCUUGCCCUGUGCUGUUUCAAGAAGAAAUGGAUGUUUCUUUACUGAAUCUGCAGCAUAAAAUAUGCUUAAUAUUAUAAGAACUGUAGGAAUUACCCAAAAAUAGAAAGAACACUUAGGCCAAGAUCUUCGCUUUGUCUUACAUCAGCUCUGUUCAGCGGAACUGCAGCAAUUUAGACAACCUGUUGAGGAUCCUGGCCCACACUUAGGCAGCCACUGUAAACAUUAAAGAUGCGUGGAAGAGUAUCUAAGGGCAUUUACACUGUGCACUGUUUUACAUUGAAAUGCAUGUGUUAUUCUCCUUGAAAAAGCGAUAGAAGUUUUUAUUAUUAAAAGAUGGUUUAUAUUAUAAGGAAAGAAGGUAUGAUCUGAUUUUUCUGUUUUACCCUUUAGUUCCGUAGCUCUAAGUUCUGUUGAACAGUUUAAAUUCUGAUAUUUGUAUGGAGCGAUGAGGAGUCGGAAAUUUAAACUGUAAUGGAAAAGUUGGUUUUGAUAUCAGCCUAAACUGGUAGCAUAGAGCUAAAGUCUUCCUGCUUGGGCAGUGUCAGCUGCAAGAUGUGGUUUCACUGCAGGCUUCCUAUUAAAGUAGAAGAGGAAACAACUGUUUUGAUGGUGUAAAAUUACAAGGUUUGAAUCCAGUGCUGGAAAGAACAGGUUCAAGUGGAAAACAAGAGGGCAAUGCACAAGCCAAACCUGCAAGUAAAGAGAGUAGGUCUGCAGAAUUUCCAUGGCUAAAAGCAAAGUAAGAAUCAGGCCUGCCACAACCAAGAGAGUGCAGAUUUCAUAGAUCUGGAGCAUCUGAUACACUGGAAGUGUAGGAAAUAUGGAAAACACAGUCACGAUGGAGAAGUUGGAAACUAGCAACAUGCUGAUGAGGUAUGUAAGCAGCUGGCUAAAGGAAAGAAGGCAACACUGAAAAGGAAGUGGGGGUUGGGUGGCAUCUGCAAGUGGAAUUUCUUACGUAUUGUAACUGAAUUGCCUUAGCAUUUUCAUUAAUCACUGAAGCACAAAUACUAUGAGGCUGGGGUUGAAGUUGGGAGGCACUAAUCUAAAGGAGGACCAAGGUACAGACCAAAAAAAACCCAGAAGACUUUGAACACUGAAGAGGAUGAAAUGAAUGGGAUGAAAUUUUACAGUACAAAUAUUAGCUCAUGCAUUUGAAGGUUAAACAAAGUAUUUUGCUAUAUUUCUUGUUAAUUGAUAAUAAAAGGACCUUGGUUAUAGAGUUUGUGACAUGACGACUCAGAUACAAUUUGAUGGAAUCACAAAAGCUCAGCCUGCACUAGGAGGCAAAUUUCCUGUGGGGAUGGAGAACUAUUCGAGUUACUGUGCAGAGGCCAAAUAAUUAAGUGACAUUGCAGUGGCUAGAUAUUGAGGAAAAAUAUUAAAAUGGUAUCAAUAAAGUGGAUACAAUUCUGCAAGAUAAGACUGGGAGAGCUUGCUUUAUUUAGUCUAAGACACAAUUACAACUGAUGUCUUUAUAAGACGACAAUAAUUAGAAAGGUAAAGAAAGUUCCAUCUAAAUACAAAUACAGCCAUAAGGAGAAAAAGGCGUACAAGCAAUCAAGGAUAACUAUUGGCUGCAAAUUGCUCUGGACCCUAGAAACUUUUUCCCAAUCAGGCUCUGGCGAACAAGAAAUCACUUUUACAAAGGGGCUUCUAAAAGACGAAGCAGGGGUGCAUAGAGUCACAGGAGAGCCUCUCUGAGUGGGACAAGGCAGCCCUUCCCAGUCCAGCCCCAUUUGGCUGCAGAAGCUGUAUUUGGCCGUGACAGGAGAUAGUGUGAACAGUUCCUGCUUUGUCCAGUUUUGUCCAGGGCAUUUGCAAAGGUGUGAACUGCUUUUCAAAUCCAGGCCUUGGCUCUCUGUUAGCACUACACAAUUUUGUAUUCCAGUAUUCAUUUGCAGACUGAAAUUUAGAUGAGUUUUUAGAUGAGAAACCACAGUUUAGACAAAUAUGCAUCUCAUUUCCAUUUAGAAUAAAAAACAUUGAAGGGAAAAGUCCACUUGGACUCUGGCAAAUCCUUUUUCCUCUGUCAUAUUUUGUUAUCGGCAAAUAGUGCUACUUUGGGAAUAUUUUGAGCAGAAAUUAUUCCAUGUUUCUAAAGCAAUUUGAAGAUGCAAAACAUUAAGGUCUAGCACUCAGAAUUUCAAAAUAAAAACAAUUUGAAAUGCUCCUUGGUCCAUAACAGCAUGUAUAGUAUUUCAUCUGCCAUAACACUUGGCAUUAUACAUGUCUGACACAGCUUCUAAGUACGUGGUCAUUGUUCAUUGGUAAAAGGGCAAAAAAACCCCCACCCUAACCCAACAGACAGCUCAUGAAACCAGCUUAUUCACAAAAGGACAUAGCACAUAGACUUACUGAUAAGAUACUGAUUAAUUAAAUUACCCAGUACAAUCUGUAUCUAAAACUAGUAUUUGUGUAGUACUAGGGUGCUCAAAUACAAAGUUCAAAUUUGCCAUUCAGAGAAGCCUGCAGUAGCUGUUUGUCUUAACAGGGAAGAAAAGCUUUCAAACAGCAUAAGGUAUUUUUCCCACAUUUUAUAAUGAGAGUCCUGGCUUUGAUUAGCACCAAGAAACCAUUGUGGUGCCAUUGGGUUCUGAUCCUUCUGUUCCUUGCCAUGCAAAAAUAAUCCAUUCUGUUUCGUGUUAAACAGCAUAAUGCAAUAGCAGUUUUGAUGGUGCUGUUGUAGCAUCACUACACUACAUCACUAAAAGAGCCUUUGUUUAAUAUAUACUGAAAAAAUUCUAGUGUCCUUAAGACACGAAUUUCUGAGCACUCAGUCUCGCCAUGCCCAACUGCCUUUGCUAUACUGAGUCCCUGCUGCCGUUUGGGGAGGGAACUGGGAAACUAUUUUCUUACCACUGGUAUUGUGAAGAUUCAAGAGAGAAAAAUUGUAAACUGUUUUGAAAAGUGACAGUGCUUUACAUACAUAAGUAGUACUAAUGACUUGAACAACAGGAAACUAGAUGGAAAAAAGGAUAAACAUCGCAGAGAGACAUAUAAAAAUCUCUGCUUUUAAUCCCCAUAACUGUAUUAUUCGAGAGCACUUAGUAUAAGGAAAGAUGACCAAGUAUAUUUUUUUAUGUACUUGCUCUGCCCCAUUUCAGGAUUGAGAAGUACUAUGCAUCAAUACCAUCAAGGAAACAAAUUUAACACAUCUGGUUUUGUUAGGGAAAUGGAACAAACCCAUAUUUAUGAGUGAAGUUUCUUCAGAUUCCCUUACCUUCAGCAGUUCCUCUCCUUGAUUUUAAGAAUAUCAGAAUUCAUAACAUAAGUAAAUGGUAGGUGAAUAAUAUUUUUAAAGUAUGGUCUUGGCGAGAGGUUAUUCAAUUUAGACUUCAGAGUUGCACCUUUUAGUUUGUUAAAGAAUUGAAAAUUCUUUUAUCACACAGUUUGGCAUGAAGAUAAUACUGCUUAUUUAAGAUCCUUCUAAUUGCCAGCAGAUAUACCCUGAGAAUCAGGCUCUGAUGCACUGUUGCAAUCAAGUGUACCAGAAGAAAGAUUUGCUGGUACCUGGACCCCGAUCAGUUAAACGGGUUACGCCUUUGUAUUCUGAAGCCUGUGCUGGCUUCAGUGCUGGAUUAAAGAUGAAGAACCUGAUUAUCUUAGAACAAUAGGUUUGCUUUUUUGUAGUUAACCUUUCACAGGUGUUUCUAGGUGAGCUAAUUCCACAAGAUGAAAAUCACUGCACUAGUGCGAUGCCAUAGAACAAACAACUCCUUGAAGAGGACGGAGGACUUUUAAAAGACCUUCAUUUUUGCCCUUUUUACAAAGAGCAGGAAUGGCCACAGCAGCCUGAUCAUAGGUUAGGCCAAAUCUAAAAGGCCUUUAAAAGUUAACUGAUGAUCAGCUAUAGGAGCAUAAGUAAGAUUGCUAUAGCAUCACUGCAUUUACAGCUCAUUUUGCACCUAACGUCAAUUACCUCAUCUGGGCAGGGGGGGCAAUUCUGAUAUGACACAAGUCAUGUAGUAUGUUUUUGCAUGACACAGAACUUUUCAUGGUUUUAGGAGAAUGUUCCAGAGACGAUAUUUUUGUAUCAGUUUUUAGGACUCGCAUUUUCACGUUUUGUAAAAAGAAAAAAUGUACCUAAUAUUUGAGAGGGUUUUUCCACUUAAGUUUGAGGGAAUCUAGUGUACUACUGGUAUUAUAUUUUAUUUUAUGUUUCUGUACUUUUAACUAAGCAUGUGUAUUGUGCAUUAAGAUAAAAGUCUUGAUAUAAUUUGUUCAA